UGCGGGCGAGCCAUAAUGAAUUUGAUCGGCUAUUUUGCGCAACAAUUUUAUACGGAGUUCGUUUCAAUGGUAGUUUACUGCAAAGUGGACAUGGAGUAGACGUUUUUGCAGUGGUCGCUACCACUUUUUUAGUUUUUAUAUAUAUGUUUUAAUAAAUUUUGCAGUCUACUGUUAAGAUUACAAAUCUUUCUGACCCUGAUAGAUUUUUAAAUUAAAGCUAUGAACCACGUAAAGAUGUUUAAUUUCAAGAAAAUUCUACUGUUUCUAUGCAUUACAUCAGGCUUAACCUCGUCUGCCAACAACGAAACGCAAACAGAUGGUGUGCCCGAAAAACUUUCUUCAAAUUCAAAUAAUUUGAAUAUUUCAAAUAACGUGAUACAAACGAAGAUUGUAUCCGUCAUAUCAUUGACAACGAUUACUCCAUCCAUUAGCACCAAGGAUUCUAAAGCAAGUAUUAAUAAUUCGCUAGACACAGAAGGUGGUCCAGUUUCAAAUUCACUAUCCGUGCGAUCACCGAUAUCCGAUCAGAAAAUAACUGCUAAAAAUAAUUCUACAAUGAGAACUGAUGAUAUAUUUAUAAACAAGAACGUUGGACAAGCCAUGACAACACAAAAAGAUCUGCCAAUUUUGGAUAGAAAAAAAGGACAUUUAACAUUCGAUCAAAUAACUGUUAAUGAUACAGUAGAACAUGAUAAUGAUAAUAUAAAUAGUUCUAAAGUUGAAGAUACUCCUACACAAAAUGUGUUAGAUAUGUCAGAAAAAAAAGUAAAUGAUACCGUUAUUUCUACAAUGCCUCCUGUGAACAAACAUAAACCAAAUCCGAAACCAACUGCGACAACGAGUAGAGAUUCAAAAGAUUCAAAUAAACCUAUACCUCCAUCACCAACAAAAAGUUCUCCAUUAGGAAUGCCAAGAAAAAUUGAUUAUAUCAUACCUAUUGCUAUUACCAUUAUUGCACUUCCAAUAUUGGGUGUAGCUAGUUUUAUUCUUUAUAAUCGAGGUAAAGACUGUUGGGAUAAAAGGCAUUAUCGAAGGAUGGAUUUUCUUAUUGAUGGAAUGUAUAAUGAUUAAUUCACAAAGGAAUGUAUCUAUGAGAAUGAUCCUUGCAAUAAGAACUUGUAACAUAUACGGUAGACAGCUAAAUUGCUUUAUCAUUAUACUUUGUUAUAUUAUGUUCUCUAAACAUUCAAGAGAACAUUUUUAUAUAAUAUCGGCAACACUUAUUCUACAUUGAUAUGUAUAGUAUGUCAUCAAUUGAAAACAUUUUGUUGAGAUUUUAUUUGUUUAUUAUAACUAUAAUGUAGGCUACGAUUGUGUUAACAAAAGCAAUGCCAUAAAAACAAAAAUUAUCUAAGUGAAGGCAAGGCAAUGUCAAUAGUAAGAAGAGAAAAUUUAGUUGUAUAUAUCAUAAGAUAAUUAAAUUAAUAAUGAAUCAAAUUUCAAAAAGGUAAUUAUCAUAUAACUGUUGCAUGUCUAGCAUGUUAGUCAUAUGUUAAAACAAAAAUUGGUUUACAUUUAACUAGUAUAUAGUUAGGGAUAUGCAUGAAUGAUGAUAAUAUAUUGGAGAUAAAAAUAAAACUAUUUUUAGUAGAGUAUAAUGCAAAGAUAUAUUGCAUUCUUAUGCAAUAAAGUAGACAAUAAUGGCAUUAUCCAACAAGACCUUGCCCUGCAAAUUAUCAUAAAUAUAAUUACGACACACUGUUGUAAAAUAAAACAAAAUAUACUCAAUGUUGUUUUAUAAAUUGCAGUAUGGUGCAUAGAUUUGACCAAAGAAGUAUAUAAUUGAUAAUGUUAAUAUAGUACCAUUGUUGCAUUUACUUGUAUUAAUUUGAUUUUUACACAUUUUUUACAUACUAUUUCU